UACAAGAUCUUCUUCAUUAUAUACUUAUAAGUACUUACCUUCAUCUCCAACCAACAAUAUCAGAAAACCCAUAUAUAUACAUACAUAAAAGUUUUGGUUUUCAAGGCGCAGAGAGAAAUUCAAGAUGAUAAUGGAAAAUGGUUUGGGAGAUAUGUUGAUGAAAGUGGGGAUGUUCGUGAUGGUGCAAGCUCUGGUGUAUCUCAUCCUCUCAAAAUCAUCAAACAUCUUUUCAUCUUCAAAAUCCAGCAACGGCUUCAGGACUGCUCGCUCUGCAAGUGUUCGUCGGAUUCUCGCUCUUCUCAGGGAUAUACCAGCUGAUCCCGAGCCUUCUCCUAAGUCAUCAUCUUCUUCUUCUUCUCCGGGCUCCAUAAGACGCCUUCGUCAUCAAUCAUGAUCCCACAUCCCAACCAUCGAGCUAAUACAUAUAUAUAGACUGUAUUUUUAGAAAAAGUAAGGAUUGAUUAUUCUUUCAUUUUUCCCUGCGUUCGUUCUUUCUCUAUUAUAUAUAUGGUUCUUUAAUUGUAAAAACAUUUCAAUUUAAUAAUGACACAGUAGUUUGCUUACAAAACUUUGCAACUACCAAUAUAUAUGUAUGUGUGUGUGUGUGUGUGUAUAUA